AUGUUGAGGCGAUGUCUGUCAGUCCUAGGGUCACCAAGCCGACACCGAUAUGUGAUCCUGGUGGCCCUGGUCAUCCUAUGCUUAUGGGUGAGGACGUUGCCGACAUUGAAGAGCAGCCUGGAUAGUCGACUGGCGGCGUCGCACGUGGAAGACCGGCCUCGAUACCUCCAUCACUCCACAUUCCGGGAGACUCCCGACACUCACUACGAAGAGCAGCUUGCCCAUGCGCUGUGCGACAUCGAAAACCAGCAACUGACACUCGACGUCCACGAAGAAACAGUGCGCAGACUCUGGCAGAUUCUCCUGGGGCAAGAUCCCAGUGUUGGCCGGGGCCAGGAUUCCCUUCGGUUCGAGGAGAGCAAUUCGGAGUGGAAAUAUUCGCUUGUCACCAGCGAAUGGGCAGAAGAAUUCGUAACGGUUACCCUUGCCUCCAUACCCGGCCUGUCGACCCUCUAUCAUUCAUAUCCCCAUAAUGUCCUCAGGGCUGACCUGCUGCGCUACUUAAUUCUAUGGUAUUUCGGUGGCUACUAUGCGGACACCGAUAUCUUUCCCGCUACCUCUAUCAACGAAUGUCCAUCCCUACAAGAGUCGGUCUUCAACACCAAGAAUCCCGAAAUAUCACUCGUGGUGGGCAUCGAGAUUGAUGAGCCGUUUGCCUCACCACAGAAGAUGCGGGACUGGCAUUGGGUUCGAAGCUACAGCUUCAUCCAAUAUACCAUGUUCGCGCCACGUCGAUUCAGCCCGCUUCUAAGGGAAGUCAUCGUGCGCGUCCUAUCGCAUACUAAGCGCCAUAUCGAUGAGAGCAACAUCUUCCUCGGGGCGAGGUACAACGAAUUGACCACCCUGGAGAUCACCGGGCCCGGGGUGUUCACCGAUGCCAUUCUGGAUAUCUUAUCCGAGACACUCCCAACAGAGCAUCCACUAGUUGUGCAGUCUUUGGCCGCAGAUAGAGACCUGGGAGAUCUGGUCUCGCCUUCUGGCCGUCCCCUGUCUCGGGUCACCUGGGCUCCCUUCUACCGACUCAAAAAACCCCUCUGUGUCGAAGCCUCAGAAGCCGAGCCAGGGAAGCAACUCGGUGGAUUGUGCGUUCUUCCUGUGAAUGCCUGGGGUAACGGACAACGACACAGCGGAUCUGAAGGGUUUGGCAGCGAUCAUGCUUGUGUCAAUCAUCGGUUUGGCGGAACAUGGAAACCUUGGAAGCAAAGCUGGAAGAAGUAUAUCUUCGGGUGA